UAUUUCUUAACCUUCCAUAGAUGAAGGAUACUUUUGAAGAAGCAAAGGUUACGGCUAGUGACCUCAGCAAUAUAAGAGUCUGCGUCAGACUAAGGCCUCCAUUUUACGAUGAGAGAGCAGCAAAGAUCACAGUGGAUAACGUGUAAUUCCAAAAGAUUGAUUAGCAUAGGUAUAACUGCGUUGAGAUCAAAGCUAAUAGCAAUAUGACUAAAAGAUAUUAUCUUGGUAAGGAUUCAUCUAUUUUUCUGAUCUGACUUUUUCAUAGAUGAUGUGUUCUCUGAAUCAGUGACAAAUAAACAAGUCUACAACAAGUUCUGCAAAGAUCUUGUUCUUAGAGUCUGUGAUGGAUACAACGGAACCAUCUUUGCAUACGGCCAGACUUCAUCUGGCAAGACUCACACCAUGAUCGGCAAGAAAGGCGAUUCUGUCAACCUGGGAGUUGAUUCCUUGGCCGUGCAACAGCUGUUCGAUUAUGCAGCAGAGAAUGAUUCAUCUAAAAUCACAGUCUGGGUGUCUUACAUGGAGAUCUACAACGAAGUCAUCAAUGAUUUACUUGACAAAGACUCGACCAAUCUGAAGAUACGAGAGGAUACGUCCAACUCAAUGGGAGCUUAUGUCGAAGGACUCAAGUCAGUUCAAAUCCAAAAUUAUGAAGAAUUUAUGGAGGUUCUUGAUAAAGGAGAGAAAGUCAGACAAUAUGGACAAACGAAACUGAGCGAGAAAUAUACAGAUGUAUAUUCUUCGAGAAGUCACACCAUAGUCAGAAUUAUGAUUCAAAAUAAACCAAACAGUGCUAACUUUGUGAAAGGCCAAGAUAAGAAUAUGCAUAUAUCUUACAGUGUUAAAUAUUCGAUUCUGAACUUGGUAGAUCUUGCAGGAAGCGAAAGGCUGUCAGACGUUGGACUCGGUAGGACCAAAGAAACUUCUCACAUCAACACAAGUUUGUUUGUGCUCUCCAAAGUCAUCAACUGUCUUGCUGGUAAAUCCAAGAGGUACCAUAUUUAAGCUCAUAUGUAGCACUCACAUUCCGUUCCGUGACUCCAAGCUUACACAGCUGCUCAAGAACUCUCUUGGAGGCAACUCAAUGACUAGCGUCAUUUGCACGGUGAGUCCGAACUUGGCUCACUUGCCUCUGACUGUGUCUACGCUCGAGUUCGCAAAGAGAGCUAAGAACAUCAAAGUCAAAGCUAGAGCCAACGAAGUCAUUGACGACCACGACAUCGUCCAGAAUAGAGUCAAAGCAAUGGAAGCCAUGAUUUCCAAACUUGAAAGGAACAUUGAUCAGUUGAACGAAGAAGUGAGUCAACACAAGCAGAGCAACUUUGACUUGAAGCUGCAAAUCAGAGACUACGAAGAUAAAAUGAUGAUGCAAGAAAAAAAAAUGACUGAAGACUACAAAAAGCAGUUAAAAGAUGUUCCGCAACUCCAAAGCAUACCAGCCAAGGUACCUGACUAUAUAUCUUACUCAGAUAUUAAGGAUAAGUGUACAAAGUGAGACACUGAGAUUUUGAAUGUGUUAAAUCUGUUUAAGAAUUCAAAAGAGAUGAUUAACCCUUCUGACUCUAAGCGGUAUUGCAAGAGACUAGAUCAGAUCGAGUCAUUUCUAAAGAAACACUUUAUAAAAUGUGAUGGCUGCCAGAAUGAUCGAACCGAAGUACAGUGAGAGAGCAAAUCAGUGUCUACUCCUCAAGUACAACAAUGCUCUACAGGAUGCCAGACAGAUGAAAGCAACCAUGAUGAUUAUAUGUUCUUCCUCAACAUGAUUGAAGGAUACCUCAGGCAAUGCUUGCAAAACAAGGAGUAUAAAGUAGUCACUAAAGACUACAAAAUUAAAGAUUCUCAAAGAUUUGAGUUAUACAUGGACUUCUUCAGAGCCAAAGUGGCUAUCAAGAACAAGAUUCAAACCUUUAUUGAUAGAUACGAAGAAGCUCAUACGAUCAAGGAGGAGAUCGAGGAAUAUACUAUUCAUGUAAAUGAAUGAGAAAGACAAGGCAAAAAUACUCAAAAUAAUCCAUCUCUUUUAAAGAAGAAGCAAGGAAUUGUCAAAUUGUUGACCAAAUGGAAUGCCCAAAAGAAAGCAAAAGAGAAAGACUCUAAGGGCCAAAUAAUGAAAACUCCUAAUACGUUGUCAACAUCCAUUAGAGGCUCUCUUGGAUCAUCACAGGAGAUAAAAUCUGAAGAGAUUUUGAAUGAUUCAAGUUAUUCCUCCAGUACGGUUAAGGAAAACUCUCCUUCGAAGGCACUUCCAAGAAAGGAUAUUAUCGUACGGUCAAGCAUAAAAACAAGAGGACAGAGAAGUAUUAACCUGUCUACCAAGAGAAAGGAUUCAGUUUCUAACCAGUCAUUUAAGAUCAAGAACACCCAAGUUUACUCUAAGAAGGCCUUAGGGAACUUGAAGUCAAACGAAAACUCAUUUAUGAAUAAAAGAAAGAUAGUCCAAGGCUUAAGACCCAAUCAAGAAAGUUCGAAGCUAUUGAAGGGAGACUUUAAAAAUUUUGAAGUCAAGGAAUAUUCUGGAUCUAUCCCAAGUCCUGAUAUUGGGAAGAAGAGAGAAAUGAGCCAUCCAAAGGCUAAACUACCAGUCAAGUUACCCUCUCUAGAGAACCGACCAGACAAACUUAUUGGAAACUUUAUGAAGAAUUCUGAUAAUGAUGAGUUUGCUUCUACACUAUGUCUUCAAAAUUCUCAAGACAGAGAAAUAAAUGAAGACCAUCUCGAAGAUGCCCUGAUCGAAGAGCUUGAUGAUUCAUGCGAAGAUUCAGACCAAGAUGAACAAUGUUUUGAAUACACCAUCCAGAGAUCUGAAGACCAUAAAAUUGAAAUAAAAGAAAGUCUGAAAAAGAGAAUUAAGCCCAAUUAUGUUAAAAAGGAGUAUAAUACUUAUAUGCUGGGCGACAAUAGAGAAGGUAGAUGUGGAACAGAUCAAGACUCACAAUUCAUGAAGCAUCCAACUAAACUCAAAAUCCCUUUUAAAGAUAUCAAACUUGGGUACCAUCAUAGCUCAGGAAUCAGUAUGGAAGGUAUUGCUUAUACUUGGGGAAGUUCUUCUAGUGGCCAACUUGGACAAGGGGAAGUCAUCAAUCAGAGAGUUCCAUCAUUACUUGCUCUGCCUCUCAAGAAAAUCAAAAUUAGUGGGAUCAGCUGUGGGUGGCAACAUACUCUUGCAGUGACAGCAUCUGGGUAUUUGUACUCUUGGGGACAAAACAUAAACGGCCAGCUAGGACUUGGUGAUUUCAAAGACAGAAAUGUUCCAACUCUGGUUGAGAAAUCGCUAUCAAACCCAGUUGAUAAAGUGAGUGCUGGUCAUUCUCACUCUGCAAUGAUUGACAAUAACUCACAGCUGUAUACCUGGGGUGCUAACCCAGACAGCAGGCUUUGCAAAAAGACUACUUACUACAAACUUUCAAUGAAAUCUAAAGAUGUGAACAAACCUGCGAGAUACAAAGCUCUUGAAAAUACCAGAAUUGUUGAUGUAUCAUGUGGUCACGACCACACACUCUUCUGAGAUGAUAAAGGUGUUGUAUAUGCAUCAGGGGAUUCAUCCAAAGGUCAACUUGGAGACCCUUAUUAUCACCCAGAAAAAGCUGAGCUACCCUACUUUGCUCACUAUUUCUUAGCAAAUGACGAAGAUAGAUGAAUCAAAGUCAAAGCUGGAGAUGGGUUCUCUGUAUUCUUGUCACUUAAUGGAAGCGUUUACACUUGUGGCCAAGGUAAUUAUGGAAGAUUAGGACAUGAAAAUUGUGUAAACUUGUCAAAGCCUGCAAUGAUUCAGUACUUCAAGCAUAAGAAUGUAAAAAUAAUUGAUAUUGAUACAUGAGGAAGACAUACUUAUGCUAUCUCGAACAAGAAGAAGCUCUAUGCUUGGGGAUUUGGUUUCUACCACCAACUUCCUACCUCGUCUCGUGAAGACCAAGAAGAGCCUACAGAAAUCUCUCUUCCAUCCAAAAUUUCAUCAAUUUCUUGUGGCUAUUUCCACUCAGCAUAUAUUCUGGAGAACUCUCAUGUUGAUCUGAAUAAUUCUUAUUAAUAAAAGUAUGUUUGUUAA